AGGAGGAGCAGUAGGAGGAGGAGUCCCCCCCCUGUGAGUGCCGAAGCCCUCUGCUCUGCAUUCCGGCGGAGCACACAGUAACACACCGGCCAUCGCCGAGUCCCCGGGCCCAAAGACUUGGACAAACUCAAAGAGAAGACGGGAAGAAGAAGUGGCUCCGUGCGUUUAUAGCCUACUACAGUUUUCCCUCUCUAUUCUUGUUUCUUCGCUCUGGUUGUGGGAUGGUUUAUGUUUCGAUUGGGAGCCUUCUAAACUGUGAGAAAGUGGUUUGUGUCUACUUAUUAAGGUACUAGCCUUAAAAUAUCGCAACGCUGUAUCUCCAGACCUUUAAUGCACCAUGGUGAUCAUGGCGGAGAACAGCCCUGUUCAGUCCAGCCCUGCCCAGGGAAGGCCUCUGCAGGUCGGCUUCUACGAGAUCAUCCGCACUCUGGGGAAGGGAAACUUUGCAGUGGUGAAACUGGCCAGACAUAAAGUUACCAAAACACAGGUGGCUAUUAAGAUCAUUGACAAAACCAGACUGAACCCCUCUAACCUGGAGAAGAUUUACAGAGAAGUGCAGAUUAUGAAGCUGCUAAACCACCCUCACAUCAUCAAACUCUACCAGGUCAUGGAGACCAAAGACAUGCUGUACAUUGUGACAGAGUAUGCAAAGAAUGGAGAAAUGUUUGACCACCUGACCUCAAAUGGCCGUAUGAGUGAAGAUGAGGCACGAAAGAAGUUUUGGCAGAUUCUGACAGCUGUGGACUACUGCCACCAACACCACAUCGUUCACCGUGACCUAAAAACCGAGAAUCUGUUGCUGGAUGCCAAUAUGAACAUCAAACUGGCUGACUUUGGAUUUGGAAACUUUUACAAUGCAGGGGAGCCUCUGUCCACAUGGUGUGGCAGCCCGCCUUAUGCUGCCCCGGAAGUGUUUGAAGGGAAAGCGUAUGAAGGGCCUCAGCUGGACAUCUGGAGCCUUGGUGUGGUGCUUUAUGUACUUGUCUGUGGCUCUCUUCCAUUUGAUGGACCCAGCCUUCCUACACUCAGACAGAGAGUCACAGAAGGAAGAUUCAGAAUCCCUUUCUUUAUGUCUCAAGAUUGUGAAAACCUGAUCCGUAAGAUGCUGGUGGUGGACCCAGCCAGGAGGAUCAGCAUGGCCCAGAUCAAGCAGCAUUGCUGGAUGCUGGCAGACCCAAAAGCUGCCCACCAGACCCUUAGCCAUUCCCUGACAGAGUACAACUCCAACCUGGGGGACUACAGUGAACCAGUGCUGGGCAUCAUGAACACACUGGGAAUCGACCGCCAGAAGACUAUCGAGUCUCUGCAGAGCAGCAGCUACAACCACUUCUCUGCUAUCUACUACCUGCUGCUGGAGAGAGUGAGAGAGCAUCGCACCCAGCAACUGAGCCGCCAGUGUGGGACCUGGAGCCAAAGACCCAGAAGUACCUCCGACUCCACCGGCCCAGAGGUGAUCAUGGACUCCACCAACAGUUUUAGAACUACAACUUUUUCAUUGCCAGCCAAAAGUACUCCUCCAGUGUACCCAGAGAUGGAGUAUGACCAAGGUGGAUUAUUCCAGCGUGUUGUGUUUCCAGUGGAAGCCAGCCUUAACAGACUACUCUGGAACCGCUCCAUUUCACCCACCAGCCUGCUGGAGACGAGCAUUAGCGAAGAAGUACGACCCAGAGACCUGGAGGAAGAAGAGGCAACACAAACUCUCCGGCCUCUGUUCCCUCACACCACCACGUCCCGCAGACACACUCUGGCUGAGGUGUCAGCCCGUUUCCACCAGUGCAACCCUCCAUGUAUUGUUGUCAGUCCCUCAGAUGGUGCCUCCUCUGACAGCUGUCUGAAGUCCUCAUCCAGUCCAGCACCCACCCUGCAGGCUGCUAUAGGUGAAAUGUCAACACUUCUAGCCUCUGAAAGUGGAACUCUGCUGCCUGCUGGAGCUCCCCAGACCUUCUCCUCCCAUCUCCAGCCCCAGGCUCAGGGCAGCCUGCCUUCUGCUAGCUUCCAGGAGGGUCGCAGAGCCUCGGACACCUCCCUCACACAAGGCCUCAAAGCUUUCCGCCAGCAGCUGAGAAAAAGCACACGGACUAAAGGGCUUCUGGGAUUAAAUAAGAUCAAGGGUCUGACGAGACAGGUUGUUGUCCCACCCUCUUGUAACCGCGGCAGCCGAGGGUCACUGGGUCCAGCUCUCUCUGAGCACCGCAGCAUGCUGGAGGAGGUGCUGCACCAGCAAAGAAUGCUAAAGUUCCAGCACCAACCCAAGCUUCAGGUCCAAGCCGCUCAGACAGGACCUGCCCACAAUCCCCUGAUUUUUCUGGGCCAGCCGCAGUCACCCUCUCCUCCGCCUACUACAGUGUUUGCUUCCUCCUCCAUGUUUGACACUCCUGCUCCCUCCACCCUACCUCCUCAGCAAGCUUCAGUUGGUCUACAGCACGGCCCCUGGAAACAAACUAUCGAGACUUCCUCCUUUGGCUGUUCCAUAUCCUCCUCAUGCUGCAACUCUACUUCUCUGUCCCCUGUGGCCUCCGCUGCUUACCUUCUCGAGGCUCGUCUGCACAUUAGCCCACAUACCCACCCUCACCCCUACAUCGGCUUCCAACAGCAGCCCCAGUUUGCGAAAUAAAGGCACCCUCCCCACCACAUCCCAACCAGUGGUGUAGAGCCUGACAUGCAGGAGUUGGGUGUGGCUGCACAGCAGCAGCUCAGUAGCUGUGUGAUAGUGAAGUAAAACAUCAGCUACCUAGAGAAGUGAUUGUUCUCUUUGUUGGAAAAAAAGUUUCUUUUCAUGAACAUGAUUUUGAGCCAAGAAGAAAAGAGAGCAGAAGUGAGGAGAAAGAACAAAAAACAAAUGCAAGCGUCAAAUGUUCACUUUGUUUAACAACAUGGGGUACGCUUGUAAGAAUGUGUCCACACACGUGUAUGCUUUUGAUAUCAUAUAAGCUAAAGACUAAGCAAUAACCAAACUCUGGACAUGGCGAUAAACUCGUAUCAGACAGCCAGAGAAGCAAUAAUAGACUGAAAGACUUUCACUCAGCUCCCUGAUGGACUCACUUUCACUAAAAUGAGAGCUGAUGCAAGCCGAAACAGUAUGUCUCAAAUAUUUAAAUGGAGUUAAAAUUAUCUAAUACAAGAAGGCUCCCUCUUACUCCCUCUUUUUUUUUUUUUUACUUUUGUGUAAUUUCCUAUUCUCAAUGUUUUCCACUUGACUGGACAGAAGACCAAAUGUCUUUUUUUUCAUUUUUCCCACUUUGUUUGCCUUUCUAAAG